AUUUCGUGAGUCGUCGGAAAUGACCACAAGGAACAAGUCAUUUCCUUAUAAGGAUCUCUUAUUCUUGCUCACUUACCACCUCGUUGCUGUUUCCUCGGGCCCUCAGUACACUCUCAAUAUGGCUGGUCAGACGAAGCGCCGCAUAGAAACAGAUGUCAUGAAAUUGCUCAUGUCCGACUACGAUGUAUCACUAGUAAACGAUAGUAUGCAGGAGUUCUAUGUCCGAUUUCAUGGCCCGGAAGAAACCCCCUUUACCAAUGGAGUGUGGAAGAUCCACGUUGAACUGCCCGACCAAUACCCGUACAAAUCGCCCAGUAUCGGCUUCAUGAACAAGAUCUUUCAUCCGAAUAUCGACGAACUAAGCGGUUCCGUGUGCUUGGACGUCAUAAAUCAGACUUGGUCUCCAAUGUUUGAUAUGAUCAAUAUAUUCGAAGUCUUCCUACCUCAGCUUCUACGAUACCCAAAUCCUAACGACCCCCUGAAUGGAGAAGCAGCUGCACUUCUAAUGCGCCAUCCAGACGAAUACGAAGCCAAGGUGAAAGAGUAUGUACAACGAUUUGCAACCAAGGAAGCUGCAGACGCAGCUACUGAUGGCCAAGAGGAAGACGAGGACGAGGAAAUGAGCGACAUUGGGAGCAUCAGCGACAGCGAGUGAUUCAUGAUGCGCCUAUAAUUCACUGCUCAUACUCCUGCAUUUAUGACCAUCGCACAUUCAUAUCUAAUCAUUAAACGUUGUAUUAUCCGAUCUUCUGACUCUCAUGGUAUUCUUGGAGGGCUUGUUUUGAUUAUCCUGUGUAAUCUAGUAG